AUGGCGUCCUGGCGCGUGGUGAUGCGACGUCUUGGCGCGGCGGCCAUGGGCGCCUGCAGCGAGUGCUGCCCACAGGUGCGAACGCUGACGGAUGUGCCGCGGGCCCUUUGGCCCAUCAUGUCCUUCUACUCGGAGCUCGAGACGGAGGCGCAGCACGGAGGCUCUACGGAAGCGGCGGAGUGGCUGGAGACGCUGCGAUGGUAUGUGGAUGCCUCGGCGGCCAACUACCGCAGCCUCAACCGCUUCCUCCGCCACGGCGGCACCUCCGGCACCUCGUCGUCGCUGGCCUUCCGCGCGGCGCAGCUGGACGCGUUGGCGACGGUGGCGCCACGGCUGGCGGAGCCGUUGACGUUGUGGAGGGGAUUAGCAGUAUGUCCUAUGUGCAACAUCUGA